AUGAGGCUUGUCAGGUUCUUGAUGAAGCUGAGCAAUGAGAGCGUUGUCGUCGAGCUGAAGAACAGCACAGUGGUGCAGGGGACCAUCACAGGUGUCGACAUGUCAAUGAAUGUGCACAUGAAGAACAUCAAGUUCACGGUCAAGGGAAAACCCCCAGUGUCCAUGGACCAUCUGACAAUCAGGGGCAACAAUGUGCGGUAUGUCAUUCUUCCAGAUAGCAUUCCUUUGGACACCUUGCUUGUGGAUGAUGCCAAGCGCUUGCCGAAGGCCCUGCGCGCCCUGCGCUCCCUGCGCUUUCUGCCGCUGGAUGGCUCCCGAGCUUCCCUGGCGGCAGCCAAGAGUGGCCUUCAUGGUGCCCGCCAGGUGAUGCUGGAAACUUGCGAAGAACGACUUGCACUCAGCAAGCAGCUUUCGCAGAAGCUGGAGGAUGCGAAGACAGACGGGGAUGAUCCUGAAGCGCUUUCCCACACGGAUGCUAUUGCUUUCGUCCACGGUGGUCUGCGCAGUCUGGACAUGCGCGCGCUGGCAGUCUUGGCAGAGGAGGCCGGGGCACAGGUCUAUUGCAUCGACAGGCCAUACAGGGAGACACAGAACCGCGUGGCUAAGAGACUGCUGCUACAUCCCAGAGAGCUGCUGGCUUUCGCACGCUAUGCUGCUGCAGCGCUGGCUUCAAGUGCCCGGGGUUUGACGAACGAGGGCCGUGCUGCAGAUGCUGCGGGUGCAGUCCAUGUUCCUCAGCAGGCGCAAGUCACUGAGUCUUGUCCUGCAGCGGUCACCGAGAUCCUUGGAACUGAGCGUGAGCAGCACAUGGCAAGGGAGGCUCUGAGGCUCCACGUCCCUGGCGCGGAGGCGGUGCUGAUUUGCAACAAGUGCAGGCUGCCUGCGAUUCAAAAGUUGCUGGAGAAGGGGGUUGAGAAUGCCGCUGAUGCUGCUGUUUGGAGGAUAUGGCCGUUCUUGCUGAUCCUGAUGUAUGUUGUGGUGCCUGGCUACGGCACCAUCUUCAUCUUCUGGCGGAUCGCAAAAGGCUUGGCCGACGUGUCAAGGCAGCGGUUUGCGCACGAAGACCAGGAAGAGGUUGAAGCAAAGAGCACGUGA